GGUGGCGACACGGACUCAGUCAACCAAGGGAGCAAGAACGUAUCGCUCGUUGUCUAACUCCGAUUUCGCCUCCAUAUACCACAAAAGAUGUCGGUCGGCAAGAUAAUUUUAAAAUCAACAACACGGAUGUCCCUGAACGACCGAUUCACGGUGCUGCGACAGGAGAAGCCAACGGGACAAGGACAGUCAGUAGCAGGACUAGAAGAGAGGCGGCAGCAGGCCCAAGCAUCAAGAAAAAACCAGCGUUUGGCAGCUCAGAUGGAACGCCGCCCAGCAGUUGUAGCAGCCUUGAAGCUGAAAAAGAAGAGUGUGGAGCAGCGCCUCAAUGGACAGAGACCCCUGUCUGUGAAACAAAGACUAGCCGUUAAAGGCCGUCUGAGCAUUCCUGAAGAAGGUGGGAACAUCCAGGUUAGGGGACGAGGUGGCCUUCGAGGUGCAAGAGGUGCAAGUUACAGAGGACUCAGAGGAGCUGGCUUCAGAGGUGGCAGAGGUGCUCUUGGUAUUAGAGGUUUGUGUUUAUUGGCACUGUUUUGGUUACUAGAUGGAAAAUUAAGUCUUGUUUUCAUAUAUGUAUUUGUAGGUAUUAUUCCCUUAUUAUGUAAACUCUUAGCAUUACCCCUGCCUCUAAAAGUGCACACAUAAUUAUACUGAGAAACA